UACAAAACAGAACUAGAAAAGCUAAAAUUCUAACCAAUUGUUGAUGCAGUUGGUAAGCCACUAUAGAUUUUGUUAUACCAUACAAUAAUAUGCCCAAACCAAUCCGUAGGCUUGCUUUUAAGGAGAAGAUGCCUCCAUUUUCAUUCCAUUGUCUUUCUUUAGUUUCUUAAAAAAGAAGAUUCAUUGAUUUUGAAAGAAGACAAAGGAGAAAUGUGUCCUCUGAGGUUCUUGCUGGUGUUUCUCUCAGCAGUUUUAGCAGGGUACGUAACAUGGAGGACGGCAAAUUCGUCAUCCAAUAUUGACGAUGAUGGCGGCGGCAAUGGCAAUGUAGUUUCUGAGGAUUCUGGGAAGAUUGUUACCAUAGAAAAACAAGAAUUCAGUUCCAAAAGGAUGGUUCAGAAUGCAUUCUGGGUGUUUGUUGACAUGGCUAGUGGGAAGUAUUUGUGGAGGAAUUUCAAGAAUUCAGAAUAGGAAAAGAAGUUGAAAUAUCGACUCUGCAAAUGUCGAGAUUCGAACAUAGAUCAACUAGAUAUCAACUUUUAAAGAUGACUCAUGACUGCACGAAUCUCGUACCUAAGAGCCACUUGUAUAAUUUUUCCAUGUUGUACAAUUCGAACCUGGAACUUAGUUUAGGAAUAUGUGUGAAUGCAAUGGGGGAAUCUGGAAUGUAAAGAGAUGAAAUACAGUUUUUCUGGAUCUCUACCCUGUAAUGAAUGCAAUCUAUCCAAGUAUGAUCUUUGCCAGAAUAA